ACUUUUUUUCUUCUUUUCUCAUCUUUUUCUUUUUUUAAAAAUAAAUAAAUAAAAAUGCCAGUUGAAGGAUUCAAGGUGGAUAUUGAAAAGGCCGUUGGUCACCAAUUUGAAAGCGAACGAGUUGUCUGUAACCGUCGUGAUUUCCUUUUAUAUGCACUUGGUGUCGGUGUCAAGGAAGAUGAAUUAAAGUACCUUUAUGAAUUAAACAAGGAUUUCACUCCUUUACCUACAUACCCUCUUGCUCUUUUACUCAAGGGUGACUACGUUGAUGUCAACCUCUUUAAGGAUCGUGCCAACGGUAAGGGCGGACAUCCCGGUAUGCCUUAUUUUGACCCCAACAAGAUUGUUCACGGUGAACAAUCCAUGCAGGUCUUUACUCCUUUCCCUAUCCAUGGUGGUGCCUUUAUUGCUAAAAAGACAUGUACCGGUGUCUUUGACAAAGGUUCCGGCAUGGUCAUCGAGACAACUGUUGAUCUUUACGAUGAGCAAGAAAAGACCAAGUACUGUAGCAUGGUUUCCAAGUCCUUUGUCCGUGGUUACGGUGGUUGGGACGGACCCAAAGGCCCCAAGGGAGUUUCCUACAAGCCUCCUCAGCGUAACCCUGACGCUGUUGAAGUAUUUGCGUCUGCGCCCAACCAAGCUUUAAUCUACCGUCUUUCUGGUGAUUAUAACCCACUUCAUGCAGAUACGGAUUUGGCACCUACCAUUGGUUUCCCCAAGCCUAUUCUUCACGGACUCUGUAGUUACGGUGCCUGUGCUCAUUUGAUCAUUAAGGCUUUAGCAGGUAAUGAUCCUAAGCGCUUCAAGUCGAUUGAAGGACGUUUUUCUUCCCCUGUUUUCCCCGGUGAAACCGUCGAAGUCUAUAUGUGGAAGGUUGAUACCAAAGAUCCCAAGACUCAAGGUGUUAUAUUUGCAGCCAAGGUCAAGGAGAGAGAUGUUGUAGUCAUCAAUAAUGGUUAUGUUGUGCUUGAGAAAAAGAAUGGAUCCAAGCUUUAGAUGAAAAAAAUCUUUAUGUAAAAUAAAAAUAAUUCCCAGACUAACCAUUUGUAAAACAAAC